AUGGCGGCCGCGUCCUGCCCGGCGCUCCUGGCCGCCUGCCUGGCGCUGCACCUGGCCACAGCCCGGGGCGACGGCUGCAGCGGCUUCGGGAACCUGUUCACGGAGAUCGCGGAGAACAGCGCCCACGGCAGCCUGGUGGCGCGGCUGCCCCCGCCGGGGGACGCGGGGGGCGCGGGGGGCGGCGCCGGCCUCCAGCUCUGCCUGGUGGGCGCCGACGCCGCCUGGUUCUACCUGGACGGGCGCAGCGUCCGGCUCAACGUCUCGGCCGGGCGGGCGCUGGACCGAGAGGAGCUGGAGUCCCCGGUGCUGAUGGUGGCCCUGACGUGUGCCGAGGACGGCUCCUCCCCGGUCGAGUUCCGGAUCAUCGUCCAGGUCCUCAACGAGAACGACAACCGGCCCCACUUCCAGGGGGCCACUGUCCUCACCCACAACGUCAGCGAGCUGGCGCCGGUGCACUCGGUGGUGUUCAGCGCCCAGGCCGAGGACGCGGACGGGGACACGCUCAUGUACGUCAUCGACACGGCCUCGCCCGACGCCCGCUUCUUCCGCAUCGACCUCCCGAACAGCGGCCGCGUGGUGCUGGCGCGGGCCCUCGACUUCGAGAGCCGGCGGCACCUCGAGGUGGUCGUGACCGCCGUGGAGAUGAACACCCGGGAGCGGUUCAACGCCUCGGCGCGGGUGCGGGUCAAUGUGCUGGACGGGGAUGACCAGUACCCCCAGUUCCUGCCCUGCACCCCCCGCGCCCCCCACAGCCCCCCCGUCUGCACCAGCCCCGUCUACACCGCCAACGUCACCGAGGGACAGCUCCAGGGCGGUCCCCUGAGCUUCAGCCCCGGCGCCGUCUAUGCAGAGGACGGGGACAGGGGGCUGCGGGCGGCCAUCACCUACUCCCUGCUGGCAGGUCAGGAGAGCAGCAGGUUCCACAUCGACAACGUCACCGGGGCCAUUACGCUGCUGCGGGCGGUGGAGAGCAGCCGCCAGACCCCCGAGAUCUGCCUCAGCGUCAUGGCCUCGCAGGUGAACGACCCCUCCAAGUACGCGGUGGCGCGGGCCCUGGUGCGGGUGCUGGCCCCGAACCGGCACCCGCCGCGCUUCCCCCGCGCCCGGUACCGCGCGUUCGUGCCCGCGGCCCCGCGCCGCGCCGCCCUGCUGCUCACCUUCGGCGGGCAGGUGCUCGCCCUGCGCGCACACGACCCCGACUUCCCCGAGGGGGUGAAUCCCCAGGUGCGCUACACCCUGAGCCAGGGCGCCAACCAGAGCCAGCAGCUGUUCCAGGUGAUGCCCAACGGGCUCCUGGUGGCCCAGGCGGAUCAGCUGCGGCCCGGGCAGAGCUACCGCCUGCAGGUGCUGGCACGGGACGAGGAAUCGGGCGAGACCUCGAACACGACGGUGGAGCUGGAGGUGCUGUGGCCAGGGCAGGCAGCCCCCCGGGACCCCUCGGAGCCGGCGGCCGGGCGGGGGGUGCCGGCGGGGGCGGUGGCGGGGGGCGCGGGGGCGCUGCUCCUGCUCGGGGCCGUGCUCCUGCUGGCGCUCCUGGCGCUGCGGGCGCGGCGGCGGCGGCGGCGGCAGCAGCGCACGGCGGACCGGGCGGCGCUCGCCAUCGAGAAGCACCCCAACGUGAGCCUGAGGUGGUUCCAGCCGGUGCAGGCCGGCAAGUCCCCCCCGAGCCCCCCGCGGCUCUACUACCCCAACGAGGGCUACAGCGAGGCCAACUCCGUGGGGCGGCCGGGGGGGGGCUCGCCCGGGGGGGGAUCCCCGGCGGGGUCGCCCCCGGCCCCCCGCGGCAGCCCCAGCCCCCCCCGCGCCCCCAGCCCCGGCGAGGUGCCGGGGGGUCCCGCGGAGGGGGGGGGCAGCCCCGCGGCCGGGGGGCGCCGGGGGGCGCCGGGGGCGCUGCCCGCGCUGGAGGAGGUGAGCGAGGAGAGCCUGGAGGAGGCGCCGGGGGGCGACCCCCGCGGGCCCCCCCCGCUGCUGCAGCUGCUCGAGGACUCCAUCGAGUGCUGA